CACCGCUCUGACAGGAGGAACCAUGUCCCAGUCAACCCGCAUCCAUAACUAACCCUCCAGCUCCAGAUUCUGCAUUAAUAUAACCGCUUUAACAGCGCAGGAGAGACUGAAAUGAGUUUAUAGCAGAUAAAUGAGAGCGGGGCUUUCUCCCGAGAGCGGUUUUAUUUAUUAUAUAUUAUUAAUUAUAGAGAGAGAGAGAGAGAGAGAGAGGAGGGGAGUGUGAGUGAAUGAUGGAGCACAUCAGAUUACCAAAGGUUGAUAAAGUCCAUCUAGUGGAGAGGGGAUCUUCUCGAAGGCCACAGGUCGGCACUCUGUACUUGACUGCAUCUCAUACCAUCUUUGUGGAUAGUGAGGCUGAGGUUCGCAAUGAAACAUGGGUCCAUCACAGUUUAGUGCGAAAUGUUGAGAAGCAGAAUGUUACAUCUCUGGGAUACCCGCUCCUCAUCCAGUGCAAGAAUUUCCAAGUCAUUCAGCUGAUCAUCCCACAAGAGAGCGACUGCAAUGAUGUGGUUAUGUCACUCGUACGUCUCUCCAGGGCAGAGCGAUAUGAGGAGCUUUAUUGUUUUUCUUUUAAGCCUAAUCUUGACAAGACUGAGAGGGACCAGGCCUGGAACUUUAUAGACCUUCGGGCUGAGUACAGUCGUAUGGGAGUACCAAAUAAGCUCUGGCAUCUUUCCCCCAUCAACCGAGAAUACAGGGUGUGUGACACGUAUCCUGCAGACCUGUUCGUGCCUAAAUCAGCCACCCUGCCGGUUAUCGUGGGGAGCUCCAAGUUUCGCAGCAGAGGCCGAUUUCCCACGCUGUCAUACUUCUGCAAAGAAACCCAAGCAGCCAUAUGUCGCAGCAGCCAGCCACUGUCCGGCUUCAGCGCCCGCUGUUUGGAAGAUGAGCAGAUGCUGCAGGCCAUCAUGAAGUCCAACCCGGGCAGCCAGUUCAUGUAUGUGGUGGACACUAGACCCAAGUUAAAUGCGAUGGCGAAUCGGGCGACAGGGAAGGGUUAUGAAAGUGAGGAUAACUACACCAACAUCAAGUUUCAGUUCAUCGGCAUCGAAAACAUCCAUGUGAUGAGGAACAGUCAACAGAAGCUGAUUGAAGUGUCUGAUCUACGUUCUCCAUCUAUGGGAGAAUUCCUAUCGGGACUGGAAAAUUCAGACUGGUUGAAACACAUCCAGACGAUACUGAAUGCUGGAAAGUUCAUUGGCAAGGCUGUAGCAGAGGAAGGGGUCAGUGUGUUGGUCCACUGCUCUGACGGUUGGGAUCGGACAGCUCAGGUGUGCUCUGUGGCCAGUGUACUUCUUGACCCGUUCUACAGGACCCUGAAAGGACUCAUGGUGCUGAUUGAAAAAGACUGGGUUUCGUUUGGACACAAGUUUUCCCACAGAUACAGUCAUCUAGAUGAAGACCCCAAGGAGGUGUCCCCUGUUAUAGACCAGUUUCUGGAGUGUGUGUGGCAGCUUAUGGAGCAGUUUCCCUGUGCCUUCGAAUACAACGAGAGAUUCCUCAUCAGCAUCCACAAUCAUGUUCACUCCUGUCACUAUGGCAACUUCAUUAGCAACUGUGAGAAAGAGAGGAAAGACCUGGGCAUUAAAGAGAAAACUCACUCUGUGUGGCCUCACCUGUGGACCAAUAAAUCAGACUUCAUGAACCCUCUGUUCAGAACAGACCACAGCCAGACUCAGGGAGUUCUGCGGCCGCUCACCACCCCCUACUGUUUCAAGUUCUGGAGGGGUCUGUAUAAUCGUUUUGAUAGAGGGCUGCACCCGCGUCAGUCUGUGCUGGACUGCCUGAUGGCUGUGAAAGAGGAAACGCAGCAGCUGGAAGAACUGCUGGCUGAUUGUGAACAGAAACUCGCUGCCCUGGGUAAAGAGCAGGUGAACGGUGUGUGUGUGAAUAAGCAUACAGUUAAUCAGAGCCAGGCUCUCUGGGCUCAGCCAGCACACAUAAGCCUGGCCAACACGCCUCAGGAUUACAACGAAGGAAUUUUAGGGAGCAGUCCUAAAGAUUGGUCCCUCCAGCAGAAGGAGACUGAGAGCACGGGGCUCGGCCUGUUUGGAGUCACUCCAAAAACCUCAGACCCCGACAACAGCGAUCAGGAGUCCGGAGUGGCCGACUUCAGCGGUCACUCCUCCAGCGGCGGGGAUUCAUUUCCGAGUGAAGACAGUGUAAAGGACGCUGAUUUAGAUGAAGCUGCUUUUAAUACUGUCUAAAAACGUGAUCUAUAAUAAAUGAAAGCCAUAGCAUUCCCAUUGGGGCCUGUGCAAUCAUGCUACAUACUACAUGCUCCAUUUCAAAUGCAUAAACAUGCAUAAUCAAAUGUAUUUAUUGUUGCCGGUGUAACAAAGGGAAGUGUUGAUUUAUUUAUUACAAUAUUUAUGACAUUAUUUCAUUUUGUAUGUGCAUGAAAUGAUUUGCAGUUGUAAACCCGCAUGUCACAGCGUAGCAACAUGCAUUUUAGUGAUGUGUGACACAGAUGUGUGAUAUGUGUGGCAGUGUAAACAGAAAAAACACACUGAAUCUGAUAUUAUUAUUUCCAAGAUCAGAAUUCAUGCAAUUUUUACAUAAAGGAAAAGGAAAAAAGAGCUGUGAGGACAAAGGAAAAUGGACAACAGCAUUGAGUAAGGGGUUUCAGUUGUGAGGACAAGACCUCACAAAAGUUUGGACUGAUGUCUCUGUUCCCAUAAUACUAAACACGUGUCACAACCUCCCAGUCUUUCAAAGGACAUUCCCAAUGAGCCAAAGAGUUUCAAUGGUUCUUUAAGUGAACAUUCCCUAGUUAGAAAGAACAGCACAAGUACAAUUAUGUCAGUCUGCAACUGUGCUGUGUUGGUGAAUCUGUGCUCACUGCAGCCUCAGCUUUCUGUUCUUGGCUGACAAAAGUGGAAAUAUUUUUCGUUUUACAGAAUGGUUAUCUGGGUUAUUCUUAAUAACUCAAUAACUGGCAAAGUAAUAUCGAAUGGGUGCAUUAAUUGACAAAGUGGCGAACAACAAAUUGAGUUAAAAUUUUCCGUAUGCAAAUUAAUUUCAACAAGAUAAAGCGAUAUUCACAAUAGCCUGACAAUUUUUUUCAUAAGCCCUAUCCAGACGGGAUUCGUUUUUCAGGGGGUCCUGGGGUAAUUUUCUCUUUUGAUUUUUUUCUCUGUGAUUUUUUCCCCCCGGAAUGACUGUAUGUGGUUUUCUCAGACGUCCUCUGAUACAAUUACAGUCAGAAUUACCUGUUUUUGCUGAACUCCGGUAAUUUUAGUCCCGUCCGGAUGCACAUCUCUGAGUUUCGUCACCUCUCAUUUAAUAAACUAGUUGAGUAUAAGUGUGAAAUAUUUUUUCACAGAUGUCCCCUGAGAAGCGAAUCCCGUCCAGAUAGGUCUAUACAUGCUCUUCUAUCUGAACAUUUGGUUCUGACCAGCAUUUCAUUCUUAUUUUUUUACAAUGUUUUUCUGAACAGGAAAGAAAAUCAUAGUUGUUUCUCAUUUCCCCUUGUUAUGAUGCAAAUCUGCACAUUUACAGGGACAGUCUGAAGAAAAAUAAAAUAAAGCGAGAGAGAAAUUAGCAGAUACUGUUGGUUUCUCUGGUUGGUUGGUCAGUUGAUACGUAGCUUGCUAGAUUAGCCAGCAUGUUAACAAACUAUACUAACACCUGUUAACACCCACACACAACAACACAAGCUGCCUCAAACACACCCAAAAGAGACCAACUUGGGGCAGCGUGAGCGACUUGUUCUUUGCCAGUGUGAAUACAGGAUUAUGGUAGCCAGGGUUAUGGUAGCCUUUCUGUCGUCUUGAACCAUCUUGAACCAGCAUUCUCUGUUGACCUCUCUCAUCAGUUUUUUUUUUUUUUUUCUCACAGCUCAUAAUCUAUGAUCAUAGGCCAAAGAUGCUUCACUUCACACCAUAACAACCUACAGUCUGAACACACACUAUAAAAGUAUUACUGAGAACAAAAGAAUAAUAAAUAAUAAAGACAAUAUAUGAGCAGCA